AUGCGAGCUUUGCUGCAACUAAACGAGAGACUCUCUCGUGCUCUCUUCUUAUCCUCCUUCUCCUCUAUUACUUCUUCUUCUUGCUCUAGAACUUUCACUACACUCACUCUAUCCUCACCUGAAUGUCACGGUACUGCCAUAACCACCAACGGCAAUGUCUUCUCGCGUCCUUGGUUCGCAAUCCAACACCGAGGCGCCAAAGUCACUGCAAUUCAUUUAAAACCUGGAAAUGUGAUUGAAAAAUCAGGAAGAAUUUUUGAGGUGGUGGAUGCGGAGCAUAAACAGCGAGGAAGAGGAGGGGCGAUUAUGACGUUGGAGCUUCGAGAUGUUGACAGUGGAAACAAACAAACCUUACGCUUUGGUACAGAGGAGGCUGUUGAAAGGGUUUUUGUUGAGGAGAGGUCUUUCACAUGUUUAUACACAGAACGUGAAUCAGUAUAUCUAAUAGACCUUGAGAAAUUUGAGCAACUCGAAGUGCCACUGAGCUUGUUUGGCAAAGCUGCUGCAUAUCUAAAAGAGGAAAUGAAAGUUAAACUGCAGUUAUUUGAUGGAAGACCUUUGUCUGGAUCAGUUCCAAAACAAGUGACAUGCACUAUUAAGGAGACACAAGAUCAUGCAGCAACACCUCGCAAGUAG